AACAUCCCUUGACUCUAGAUAGAGGCAGCAGACUGCGGCGGCCAUCUGCAGACGCCGCCAGCGAUGAGAAAGUGGGCAAGAUGACAUCUCUACUAUCGCCCUUCCAUUUUGGCCAGCAACGGCACGCCUACUUCCAGCUUCGCGUGACUAUCCAUGAGCUCAGCAACGUGCCUCUCGUCAGCGGCAACUUUCAGGCCAGAUGGAAAAUUCGGAACGCACAUGGUGGAGGUCCGCACAUCCCAGGUGCGCAUCAUCUACCCCAACUCAACACACACGCCAAUAGCAAAGGGAAAGGCAAGGUCAAAAGCGCCGCCGAAGAGGUAGAGGAAGACGACGCUGCAUCCAAAGGGACUCACCACCGAGAAAGCACAGCUGAGGAAGAUGAUCCUACCCUCGAUGCUGCGAGCACCAAUGCUGGACUUCGAGGCCACGCAGAGGCGUUUGGUAGUCGGACAGAAGCGGCUACGUCUUCCAAGGGCUUCCUAUCCAAAGUGCUGCCAGGCAAACGGUCGGCUGAUUCCAGCGCGAGACAUUCACCUGCAGCGGAUGCCAACUCUCCAGCCUCGGCGUACGCCAGUCUUUACAGUGACUCUCCUCGCCACGGCAGCAGUCCGCGAGACAGCUCGGAUCGACACACGUCCAGAAGCAGACCCGAGGAUUCGCCCAAGCAGGCACCUGCAGCAUCUCUCGCUGCUAAGAGCAGCUCCGCAGCCACUGAGAUGCAAAUUUCCGAGCCGAGGGGAGAGACGCAUUUUACGAGAGUGCGCGAUCAUUGUGCCUCUUGGGAGAGAGUAGUAGAGACGGGGCUGCGCAUGACUGUGGAGAAGCCACGCAACGCUUCUGGUGGCUCUACCUCUAGCGCAAACUACCCGCCGGCCAGUGCCGGAACCUCGAAGGAAGGGUUUAGCACGCAUCUGUCGCCGUAUGGGGAGCCAGCAAAGAGCAAUGGUCGCCUCCACAAGAGCCAUAGCUCCCGAAGUCUGCGUACCAAUCAAGGUGCGCCAGAAGGACAUGAUGCUUCUGUCGGCCUACUCGCUUCCAGAUGUAAGCACUGACGCCUCGAGUAAUCACGGCGAAACACUUCAUCGCUUGGGGUUUGUUGUCAUCAAUCUCGCAGAGUAUGCACCGACAGUCCCCAAGCACCACCACCAUCACCACCAUCACCAUCACCAUCCGCACCAUCACGCACAUCACCACCAACACCAGCAUGGUCAUGGUCAUGGUGGCCACGUCGCCCCGUACCGAUCGGAAACUCGAAGAUACUUGCUCUCGGAAAGCCGGACGAAUGCUACUCUCAAGCUGACGAUCGAGAUGGCGUACGUUGGCGGAUUGCCCGAUUUUGCGGUACCCUCUAUACGGGUAGGCCUGCCCGUCGGAGGUCUCGGAAGUCUGCUAGAUGGUGCAGCUGCCAGCCUUGGCAACAAUACCGACUCUAGCUCCGAUGGUGCC